AAGAGACAGUGAAGUGGACAUAUCGAAAGAGCGUCAGCGAAUUUCAAAAAAAUAUCCGUAACGGCUUAAAUCUGGUAGAUGGAGACGAAAUCGAUGAGCAAGGCGGUACGCGUGGUGGCUAGGGUUAAGCCUCCAUCGUCGUCGUCGGAUCCGGCUGUACAAGCUUCGUCAGGGUCAUCUGUAUCAUCAGUUCACAACAGAGAUCAAUCGGAGACGGUUAGAGCUCAAUUCGCUGGUUCGAAAGACUCAUGUGAAUUGGAUCAUUUCUACGAAGAAAACGAAGCCGCCGCGAGUUCAAUUCUCACCAAGGAGAUUAUACCUCUUAUCUCUAGCGUCUUUGAGGGUAAAGACGCUAACGUGAUUGCACAUGGAGCAAGAUGUAGCGGGAAAACACUUCUGAUUCAGGGAUCGGAGCGGGAGCCUGGUUUGGUCAUCCUUGCGAUGGCUGAGAUGUUAGCCAUGGCUGAGGAAAAGGGAGACUCCAUUUCUGUCUCGUUUUACGAAGUCUGUCAUGAAACUGUGUAUGACAUCUUAGACCAAGAGAAGCGAGUGGUUUCUGUACUGGAAGGUGCACAAGGGAAGAUCCAACUAAAAGGACUUUCCAAGGUACCUGUGAAGUCACUCUCAGGGUUUCAAGAGGUGUAUUUCGGUCUCAACAAAAUCCAGAAGCUGGUCAAUGAGCCUCCUCUUAGAAGCCAUAGAGGUGUGAUGAUACAUGUUACUAAAGGGGAAGCUAAUUCGGGAUCCCUUGGGAGGAUGAAUUUUCUUGAUAUGGCAGGAUAUGAGGACUCUAGGAAACAAUGCAGUGAUCUAGCUCCUCUGGAGAUCACUAGGAUAAAUAAAUCGAUAUAUGCUUUACAUAAUGUCAUGUAUGCUCUCAACGCAAAUGAAUCUCAUGUGCCAUACAGGGAGAGCAAACUCACUCAUAUGCUGAAAGAUUGUUUACAAGGAAGAAACAGAACAUUGCUGAUCACUUGUCUGCCGCGGGAAUUUAGCCAAGACUCAUUUUACAUGCUAAACUUGGCAUCACGGAUAUGUCUAGGCAGUAAACAAUCCAUGACUAAUGCUACUAAGAAGAGCAAAUGUACUGCUGGAUCUAUUUCAUCCUCUGCCGCUCAAAAGAAACACACACCCUUGGCUGUGUCUGCUACUUCUAGGCAACAGACAGGGAUAAGGGGAAGUUUGACAGAGAGAAAGACUAAGCUCAAUACUCCUGCUUCUGCAAUUAAAGGAAGGAAACUGUUUGGUGAAGCAAGUGGUUCAUUGCAAUGUAAAAGUAGCUCCAAGAAGAUGGAAGGCAAAGCAAGGAUGGCAAUGAAAAAGGAAAUCUCCAUUCCAAAUGUUGCCUUGAACGUCCAGCCCUCCUCAUCUGAAGAGGAAGUCUGUUCUUCAAUGGUGGUUACAGAUUCUCAAUCUUCAACCGUAGAAGAGCAGGAUCACUCUGUCCCAGCUUUCUCAGGUUCUGAAACAGCCAUGGAACCGGGAUAUUUAACCACUGCUUCGUUCAGCUCAGAAGCUUUUGACACUGCAUACGAGAAUACACCUCGAAAACAUCAAGAAGAAUUUUCAGAAGAUAUUGCAUGCAAAGCCCCAGCAGUGGAGAGAGAUGAGAACCAUUCAGUCAUUGAAGAAAAUUUGAUUCAAGUUAAUGAAGAAGAAAACUUGGACAAAGAAAACAACCGCUUUCUAGACAGUGAAACUGCAUCACCACCGCUCAGCCUGCAGCUUCGAGAACUUUCCAUGAAUUUGAAGUCGCUAUUUAAUACCUCAAACCUUCCAUCCCCACCUGAGAAGUACCAAACUGUCCUAACUAAAUCUUAUGUUGAAGAGCUACCACAACAUAGCGAGAUUACUGAGCUAAAAACACCAGAGAGAAGUAUGCCUUCCAAGAUUGAUUGUAGUCCUUGGAAGACAUUCAGUGCACACAGCUCUAAGCUGAAGAAUUCUGCUGUUGGAGAGUAUCUUAAGUUUUUGAACACAGCAGACAAGGAGGAUCUAAAGAAGCUGAAGGGCAUUGGAGAGAAGAGAGCUACUUACAUAGUCGAGCUCCGCCAAGAAUCUCCUGAACCAUUUAAGCAACUUGAUGACUUGAAAGACAUCGGACUCUCAGAAAAACAGAUUAAGGGAUUGCUAAGGAAAGAGAUUGGCGAGCUUUUCCAGUAGCUGAAGAACAUUAUCUAUGGCAACACGUAGUUGCUCCACUAAGAGUUCCAUGGUUUGUGUUAUGAAACUGUGUCGUGACCCUUCUACUGUCUGAUGUGAAUGAUCAUAUAUCUUAUGUAUUUAUCAUUAGCUACAUUGCUUGUCAUUAGACAUAUCAAUCAUGCAAUCAUAAACUGUCGCUUUUAUUAACAA